AUGGGGGUGCCCUUGAUGGGCCCUCCACCGGCGUUUGUCAGCCACAGAUUCAAGGUCAUCAAAGCUUGCAUCGUGAUCAUGAUCGUGUGCACGUGCGGCCAGCUUCUUGCAGGAGCACUGCUGGGGGAGCUAGGAGAGGCGUUGCUGUCCAGCCUGAAUCUGAUUCUGAACACAUUCAUCGGUAUUUGGCUGCUGAAAGAUGAUGCCUUGAUCGGAAAGAUUUUUGACUUCUUGGCGAGGACCUGCUGCGGAACUUGCGCAGAGCAAUGCCAGGGCGGUAUGACAUGCCUGAUGCCCUUCAUCAUUUGCAAUAUCCUCACCGUGGUGCUCCAGAUAAUCCUGUCAGCAGCCAUACAGCUUAUUAUCCGCGACUUCAACAAAAUGCUGAAUGCGGUGACAUUCUACGAUGCGUUUAGACUGUGGCUGUUGGUGGUGACAACUGUGGGAGCACUGGUGGCGCAAAUCGUUGGUUCCAUUUAUGGCUACCUCGCAUACCGAGAGGUGCGUGAUUCCGGCGUUACCAUGACGGGCGGAGACUGGAGCUCCGGUGGCACGGCCUAUCCACAGGCACGCGAGUCACGUGAUGAGAUGCCACGCGACUCCAGGCCGGCGGCAAACUUCCAAGCCUUCCAGGGAAGCGGACAGCGUCUUGGUGGCUGA